AUGCUGAAACUCGCACUGGUAUUCACGACUACAGUCCUGAGCGCUCUUACCUUGGUGAACGCUCAUGGAUAUGUGCAGGAGCUAAAACUGGGCUCAACAUCCUACACGGGCUAUCUUCCUUACUCUGAUCCAUAUUACGACCCUCCCAUUCCACGCAUUGUCCGCAAAGUUCCUGGAAAUGGUCCAGUCGAAGACUUAUCGCUCAUCGAUGUCCAAUGCAACGGAUGGAGCGCGGGAGGAAUAGCAACGGCCCCAGCACCACUCGUUGGGACCGUCGCCGCAGGCUCUCAAGUUAAGUUCAACUGGACACAAUGGCCCGACUCGCACGUCGGUCCUAUAAUUACUUACUUGGCUCGUGCCCCUUCUGAUAUCACCCAAUGGAGCCCAGGCAACUCAGCCGUUUGGUUCAAGGUCGCCGAGUCUGGCAAGACCGCCGACGGAAAAUGGGCGGCCACCGAUGGCUUAUAUGCCAAUAACCAUAUUUACACUUUCACUAUCCCUGCAAGGCUGCGACCUGGACAGUACAUCAUCCGACAUGAGAUCAUUGCUCUGCACGCUGCAUGGUCUUAUCCCGGAGCGCAGGUCUAUCCAUCCUGCUCACAAGUACAGGUAGCUGGCAGCGGAACCGGCUUCCCGACUAGCUUCGUUCCAUUCCCUGGUGCUUAUACAGGAUCUACGCCUGGAAUAGUAUAUGAUGUAUAUACAAACACCGGAGCAUAUCCAAUUCCUGGCCCCCCUGUCUGGUCUUGA